CCUUUGCUUCUUUGUGAAGUUUUGAUUAGCCAUUUUUAAGUUAUAGCAAGGAAAAGUGCAAAAUUUUGAUUCUGGUAUAUGGUACUAACAUCUUUAAUCAAGAACCACUUCUUUUAGUGAUUAUCAAGCAAAUAAAAAAAUAAAAAGGGAAGCCAUUGCUUCAGCUUCCUGUCAGAAUAGUGCAAAUAUUGUGCAAAAAUUACUGUUGGCUUGUCCUGAAUGCCAUCCAUAAAUAGCAUAAAUAUGCCAGUAAUCUAAAAAUUCAUUGUAUAUAUCAACCCAUCUAUGGUUUACCCUUGGGAGUCACAGAUCACUUAGGCCAUGAACUUCUUUGGAAAUGACCGGUUUUCACGGUGUUCCUCAUCAACAUCUUUGGAAGAAGAAAUUCUCAUAAAUAAGAUCCUACUUACUCAUGAUCCUGAUGAUCGUCGGGUAGAUUCUGAGCUAUUGCUUUGUGCAAUGGAGAAUGUCUUGUCUUACACUGCUACUUCAGAAGUACUAGUUAGCAGCUUCCAUAUUGAUGCCAAUGCCAAGAAUGAUAUCAGUAACAUUAAAAUUGUUGGAGCAGAAGAAUCACUAGCACAGAUCAUCUGUAAAAUCUCCCAUGAGAUGCUUGUAAGAAGCCCCCGUGAAGGAGAUCUGCACACAAGGACUAUGGUUUUGUUUGAUUUGCUUGGAAAUUACAGAUGGGAUGCCAAAGUGGUAUUGGUACUUGCAGCAUUUGCAACAAGCUAUGGUGAAUUUUGGUUGAUAAUGCAACUAUAUCCUAUUAAUCCAUUGGCUGCAUCUGUCGCAAUGCUUAAACAGUUACCUAAUGAUUUAAGGAUGUUGAAGCCUAGAUUUAAGGCCUUGAGCUCAUUGGUCAAGACAAUGUUGGAUGUGACAAAGUGCAUUAUCAAGUUUGAAGGCUUACCACUUAAACAUGUAAAGUUGGAUGAUGGAUCAAUGGCCAUUGCAAAGUCUUAUAUCUAUAUAGCAGCUUACUGGGUCACAAGGAGCGCCCUGGCAUGCUCUUCCCAGAUCACAGACUUGAAAGCCAUGAAGCCUGAGCAAGUGUGCUCAAAUUCAACAGCAAUUGCAGCUUGGCAGCUUUCUAGUCUGGUAUAUAGGUUGAGCGGCAUAUACACUCGUCUCAGUCGGCAGGUGGAUUUGUGUCAUCAACAAAUAGAGACAAAGUUAUAUCAGAAGCUCUUGAACCUUUUCCAGGAGGUCCAUGCCAACAAUCAAGAGGUCCUUGGCAUGUUAUUGGCCUUGAGGAAUGACUUACCACUCAAGGAUACUUCUGCACAAGCAAAGCUAGGUGUGUCUGAACUGAAAGACAAGGUAGUUGUACUUCUAGUCUCAAAGCCAGAGCUCCUUCCACUUGAUGCAGUGCUACUCCUGGUUCACCAAAUAUAUAAUCAUGCUCACCCCAAGAAGUUACAUGAAAGUUAUGAAAUUGUAUGGGUUCCAAUUUCAUUUUCUGAUACAUGGACUGAUGCUGAAGCAGAGAGAUUCAACCUUUUAUCUAAUUCAUUGCCAUGGUACUCAGUCCAGUGGCCUUGGUUACUGAACGCAGCUGUGGUGAACUACAUAAAACAAGCAUGGAACUUUACUGGUGACCCCAUUAUGGUCGUGUUGGAUUCACAAGGAAUUGUUAUAAAUUCAAAUGCAAUCGAUAUGGCAUUAAUUUGGGGUGCCAAAGCAUAUCCUUUCUCAUCUUCAAGAGAAAAGCAACUCUGGGAAGAGGAGAGUUGGACUAUACAAUUUGUGGUGGAUGAAAUUGAUCCCCUGCUAACUAGAUGGGUAGAAGAAGACAGGAACAUUUGCAUUUAUGGGAGUGAGAACCUCGACUGGAUCAGAGAAUUCAAUUCCAAAUUAAAGAAAAUUAAAAGUGAUGGCGUGCAGAUUGAGUUGGUGUAUGUUGGCAAAAGGCAUCUGACUGAAAAUGUGAGAAGUAUUCUAGGUGUGAUCAAUGAAGAAAUGCACAAUAACUUAUUCUCUUUCACAAAAUUACAUUUCUUUUGGCUUCGGUUGGAGAGCAUGAGAAGGUCGAUACUCCGACUAGGACAAUCAAUCAGCUCUGAUCAUAUUCAGAAAGAACUCUCAUCUUUGCUAGAUAGCACCAAUGAGGGAUGGGCAGUAAUAGGCAGAGGAAGCACAAAAGAUAUUGUAAAGCUUCAAGAAACAAAAGCAUUGGAAUGCUUGAAUAAGUUCUCGGAGUUGGGCGAAAAUGAGAUGAAGUUAGGAUUUUUGGGUGCACUCAGAACCACCCUUGAACCGCCUCCUCCUCCAAGGCCUUGCAAUCACACUAACGUUAUUCCCUAUGCAGAAAGAUUAGCUGACAGAAUUGUAGUAUGCGAAAAGUGUAAGCGUAUAAUGGAGGAGUAUGUUCUGUAUGAAUGAAAUGUAAUCAAUCAUAUAGGCAACUUUAACUAUGUUGCCUAGUAAUUUUUUCUUGUUUUAGUUUAUAAACGUCUCCAUGCUCGGGCUGGAGUUCGUAUUCAAGCAGAGUCUUUCCAAACUUUGCCUGAGGUGUAAUUCACUUUCGUUGAUCUAACUGCAUAUUAACACGUCCCCAUGUAAGUUGAAUGUCA